AUGACCAUUCAUCCUGAUGUGUCUGGACCAAUCCAGAGCCUGGACCUUGUGCUUUCCCAGUUUGCAAUGAUCAUUUUCAAUCUGAGCAGUUACAACUCAGGUCCUUUCCUCCUGGUGGGGAUCCCAGGCUUGGAGCAGUUCCAUGUGUGGAUUGGGAUUCCCUUCUGUGCUAUCUACAUUGUGGCUCUUGUGGGAAACUGCAUCCUUCUCUACCUCAUUGCAGUGGAGCGCAGCCUGCAUGAACCCAUGUUCUUCUUUCUCUUCAUGCUGGCCAUGGCUGACCUCAUCUUGUCCACAGCCGGUGUGCCGAAAACACUCAGUAUCUUUUGGCUUGAGGAUCGAGAAAUCACCUUUGCUGGGUGCCUUACACAAAUGUUCUUUCACCAUUCCACUUUUGCUCUGGAUUCAGCCAUCCUGAUGUCCAUGGCAUUUGAUCGCUAUGUGGCAAUCUGUUCUCCCUUGAGAUAUACAACCAUCUUGACUCCUAAAACCAUCAUCAAGAUUAUUGUGGCCAUCUCCUUCCGAAGCUUCUGCAUCAUCUUGCCGGUUGUAUUCCUGCUGACUCGCCUGCCUUUCUGCAGGACACACAUCAUCCCCCACACAUACUGUGAGCACAUUUGUGUUGCCAGACUAGCCUGUGCUGAUAUCUCUAUCAACAUCUGGUAUGGCUUUUGUGUUCCCAUUAUGACAGUCAUCUCAGAUGUCAUUCUCAUUGCCAUUUCCUAUAUCUUCAUCCUUUGUGCUGUCUUUCGUCUCCCCUCUCGAGAGGCCCGCCAGAAAGCCCUUGGCACCUGUGGUUCCCAUAUCUGUGUCAUCCUCAUGUUCUAUAUCCCAGCCUUGUUCUCUAUCCUUGCCCAUCGUUUUGGACACAAUGUUUCCCGCAGUUUCCAUAUUAUGUUUGCUAGCCUUUACGUUGUUAUCCCACCUGCCCUCAACCCCAUUGUCUACGGAGUAAAGACCAAGCAGAUUUGGGAAGGUGCACUUAAAAUCUCAUAUGCUGAUGUCACCAAAGAGGGCUCACCACAGGAGCAUCUUCGGAGUCUCCUAGGUCCUGGGAGCACUGAGUGCAGAAUGGACAAAGUGGAGCAUCAGGGAAUGGAGCAGGACUGGGUGCCUAGAGGCUGGAUGUCCAUUCCUUAUCCUUAA